UGCAUCAUUCAAAUUGAAAACCCCCUAAAUUCCCCCAAACGUCUGAAGAAAUCAGCUGGUGGUCAAUCUUGUUGCAUUUUCAGAAUCCCUCACACUCUUUUCCAAGCCAAUGAAACGGCCUACAAACCGAAGAUUGUCUCGAUCGGUCCUUACCAUCAUUCGGAUGGUGAAGAUGCUAAACAUCAUCUUGAGAUGAUCCAGGAGCACAAACAAAGAUAUCUUGAUCUCUUCUUGUCCAAGACAAAGGAAAAGGACGUGUUUUCAAAAAAGAGUUGGCGUAAGAUUUUUUCUGAUGACCCGAUUUUCACGUUGAGAUGGAUCCUACCAACUCUUCGAAGUGAUCUUCUCCUCCUCGAAAACCAGGUUCCGCUUUUCGUUCUUCAAGAACUCCAUAAGACAUCAAAACUGUUUCCUUCUAGUAGCCUAAACGAGAUGAUCUUUGCAUUCUUUAGUUAUUCAAUAAAAAGGCAAAAAGAGUUUUGGGAAAAGAGAAAGAAUCUUGUUGCAAGCCAUCUUUUAGAUCUCAUCCGUAAAACUUACAUUCCUUAUCAACCGCAGCAAACAAAAGAACAAAGCUACAUCAAUAUAUUUUGUUGUUCAGGGGGAAACACAUGUUUCCAUAUAUUUAGUCAUUCCAAAACUAAACUUCAAGCGGAGACACCAACACAUACACCGCCUCUUUGUCCUUUUCUCAGUCUGAUCCUCUCAGCCAAAAAACUUCGGCUGAGAGGAAUAGAAUUCAAGCAAAAAGAGCAAUUUGAGACACCACUUGACAUAACUCUCAAGAACGGUGUGCUUGAGAUACCAAAACUAACAUUUGAUGACUUUUUCAGCUCUCUUUUGAUCAACUGUGUCGCCUUUGAGCAGUUUAAUAUGACAUGCUCCACCGAAAUGACAAGCUAUGUUACUUUCAUGGGUUGCCUCAUAAACUCUGAAGAAGAUACAUCAUUCUUAACCGAGAAAGGGAUCAUUGAGAACUACUUCGGGACAGGAGAACAAGUAUCUUUGUUCUUCAAAAACACAGGCAAAGACAUUGCGUUUUCGAUAUCCAAGAGUUUCUUGUCAAGUGUUUUCGAGGGAGUGAACAAGUACACUUCACAAGGGUACCACGUACACUGGGCAGGAUUCAAGUACACACAUUUCAACACCCCGUGGACCUUUAUAUCAUCUUUUGCUGCUUUGAUGCUUCUGCUCGUUACCAUCUUCCAAGCUUUCUUUGCGGCCUAUGCUUACUUUCGCCCACCCAAUUAAAGACGUACACGUGAGAUAGUUGUUGCUUUGGCA